CUCUGUAGUCCACGCCCCCUUCCCGCUCUGGUGACAGCCUCUGCGGAAAGUCGUGUUUGUGAUUUCUGGAGAGCACCGAGAGGGACGACGGCGAUCCUGCCGGGUCUUCCGGCCCAGGUGACAAAGAAACGGUUUCCUGGUGAACCUGUCCCGCACCCCAAGAAGCCCGCACCCCCAGCGCCUGAAGAUGCUGAGAUCUAUGUGGAAUUUUUUGAAACGUCACAAAAAGAAAUGCAUUUUCCUGGGCACAGUUCUUGGAGGAGUAUAUAUCCUGGGGAAAUAUGGACAGAAGAAAAUAAGAGAAAUACAAGAAAGGGAGGCGGCAGAAUACAUUGCCCAAGCACGACGACAGUAUCAUUUUGAAAGUAACCAGAGGACUUGCAAUAUGACAGUGCUGUCCAUGCUUCCAACACUGAGAGAGGCCUUAAUGCAGCAACUCAAUUCCGAGAGCCUUACAGCUCUACUAAAAAACAGGCCUUCAAACAAGCUAGAAAUAUGGGAGGAUCUGAAGAUAAUAAGUUUCACAAGAAGUAUCGUGGCUGUAUAUAGUACUUGCAUGCUGGUUGUUCUUUUGAGAGUCCAGUUAAACAUAAUUGGUGGAUAUAUUUACUUGGAUAAUGCGGCUGUUGGCAAAAAUGGCACAACAGUUCUUGCUCCCCCAGAUGUCCAACAGCAAUAUUUAUCAAGUAUUCACCACCUCCUUGGAGAUGGCCUGACAGAAUUGAUCACUGUCAUUAAACAAGCUGUGCAGAAUAUUUUAGGAAGUGUUUCUCUUAAAUAUUCUUUGUCCCUUUUGGACUUGGAGCAAAAAAUAAAAGAAAUCAGAACUCUUGUUGAACAAGAUAAAUCAUCUUCUUGGAUUAAUAAAGAUGGAUCCAAGUCUUUAUUAUGCCAUUAUAUGAUGCCAGAUGAAGAAACUCCAUUAGCAGUUCAGGCCUGUGGACUUUCUUCCAGAGAUAUUACUACUAUUAAACUUCUCAAUGAAACUAGAGACAUGUUAGAAAGUCCAGAUUUUAGUACAGUUUUGAAUACCUGUUUAAAUCGAGGUUUUAGUAGACUUCUAGACAACAUGGCUGAGUUCUUUCGACCUACUGAACAGGACCUGCAACAUAGCAACUCCAUGAAUAGUCUUUCUAGUGUCAGCCUGCCUUUAGCUAAGAUAAUUCCAAUAGUAAAUGGACAGAUCCACUCAGUUUGCAGUGAAACUCCUAGUCAUUUUGUUCAGGAUCUGUUGAUGAUGGAACAAGUGAAAGACUUUGCUGCUAAUGUGUACGAAGCUUUUAGUACCCCUCAGCAAUUGGAGAAAUGACUUUUCCUUCAAGAAAAACUACAGUGGGAUUCAGUUACUUUUAAAAAUACAUGAAUAAGUCAACUAUACAUAGAGUGACAAUUUGUUACAAAAAUGCCUAAUAAAAAUAUAUUCUUAAUCAAAGUCUUCAUUUCAUAAUGAAAUAGAUUUAUUUGGCAUCUUAAUAUAUUUUUUUAAAUUCAUCAACAGACCAAUUUUUGCAGGUAUAUCUAAAUGUACACACAAUGCAGAUAUAAGAAUUGUUCAUAGUUUAUUACAUCAGGGAUAUUUGAUCCAAACUGACUACAACUAAGGUAAUUACUUUUAUAUAAACUAUGAAGUGCUGUGUAUUUUGGCAUUAAUACUGAGGAAAAAUCUGUUCAGGAAAUAAGCCUAAAAUGUAUGAAGUUUGGAAAAUGUGCUGUUUAACUAAUCAUAAAAUUCCUUGGACUCUGCAGUAACCAGGAGUAAAUAUUGGACUUUUCUCCAGUUACCUUUCAAAGGAAUAAAUUAUUUGUUUCAUA